GGAUGAGGGAGAGCCACAGAAGGUGGAGUGCAGGCUGCAGACAUACAGACAUACAUACAGACACACAGACACACAGUACAGACACACACAGUGGGGUCCAGGUCUCUGCUUGACUGCUCACGGCUGUGCGCCUCCGAGGUGAUCUGCGCUGUGGAUUACCAAACAGGAGGAGACGAGUGGAGAGUGGGGACGACUGCAAUGAAAGAGGAAUAGAGAGGGAUAGCUUUAAAAAAAAAAAAAAAAAAAAAAAAGAUAGAGAGAGAGGGGGGGAGCAACAUUGCAAACGAGCCAGCGAGCAGGAGACAGACCCCGGCUAGACGCACCAACACAGGGCGGUAAAAGAAAGAGGCGGAGGAGGAAUUAAAGGGGAGAAAGGCUGAUCAGUACCACCAGAGAGGAGAGCCAUUAUCAGCAGGCAUGGCAGAUGCAGAGCUGGACUUCCAGACGGGUGAUGCAGGGGCAUCCGCCACCUUCCCCAUGCAGUGCUCGGCCCUGCGCAAGAACGGCUUCGUCGUGCUGAAAGGUCGACCCUGCAAGAUAGUGGAGAUGUCCACCUCCAAGACUGGCAAGCACGGUCACGCUAAGGUCCACUUGGUUGGUAUUGACAUCUUCUCUGGUAAGAAGUAUGAGGAUAUCUGUCCCUCCACCCACAACAUGGACGUCCCCAACAUCAAGAGAAUGGAUUACCAGCUGAUUGGGAUCACGGAUGGCUACCUGUCCCUGCUUCAGGACAGCGGGGAGGUGAGAGAGGAUCUGAAGAUCCCAGAGGGAGACCUGGGCAAAGAGAUAGAGAGCAAGCAUGACGCCGGAGAGGAAAUCCUGAUCACUGUUCUAAAUGCAAUGGAGGAAGAAGCUGCGAUCGGCAUCAAAGCCUUGGGUAAAUAAGCCACCGCAAGGGGCAAAACGAGAUGCACUGGACCUGGGGGGAAAAGGAGGGGAUGUUGCCUCGUCAAUGCUAUCCUCCCUCUUUUUUUCUUUCUUUAUUGUCUUUUCUUCGUCAUACUCGCUCUCCCUCACUCUGUUUUCUAACCCUGUUUCGGGUUUAAUUAGAGAAGAACUUCAAUAAUUGGAAAAGUCAAACUAUAAAAAAAAAACUGUACAUGCACACUUACUGUAAUAAUAACAACACAUCUAAGUCCAGGUGUAAAAAAAAAGAAGAAAAAUAGGUCAGACGAUUAAGAGGAAGGUCUGUCACUAAUGAUUGAGUAGGUUUAACCACCUGCCAUUAGGGGAAAGUUGGCGAUUAUGUCACAAAAGUUAUUUUUUUU